AUGAAAUCAGAACUAGAUUUAUUUACAAGUCCACCAAUACAAGCAAGCAUUCUAAAAUCUGAAGAGGUUUCAUACAAUCCUAUUGCUUCUCUGGAUAGUCCCUCAACAAUAAAAUUCGUUUCAUUAGGUCAUGGUGACACAUACAGGGAUUUGUCUUCAACAUAUCUAAAACUGAAAGUUCAAUUCUUAAAAAAAGAUGGAUCACCGCGGCAUGAUGAUAAGGGUACAGAUGGAAAAAUCCUUCAACAACCCAGUGUAGUGAAUAAUCUAUUACAUUCUAUAAUUAAGCAGUGCAAUGUACAACUCAAUGGUAAAAAUAUCACUCCGUCAGAUGGAAAUUACCAUUAUAGAGCUUAUAUUGAAUCAUUGUUAAAUUAUGGAACUGAUGCUGCAACAACUCAUUUGGAAUGCGCUGGAUGGAUUUUAGAUAAACCGAAUAUAGCUAGAUCUGACAAUAAUGGUUCAAAGGAACGUCAAAAACUACAUCAUAACAGUAAUAUUGUUGAACUCAUGGGAAAACUCCGUGUCGAUAUGUUUAAUCAACCUACGCUUCUAAUAAACAAUGUUGAUAUUCGAAUUCUAUUCACAUUAGAAAAACCAGAUUUUUUCUUAAUUGCGGACGACUCGGAGGAAUCGCAACUAAAAAUUGUAGAAGCCAAUUUAUUUAUGAGACAUGUAACUAUAAAUCCUAGCGUAUUACUAGCCCAUAAUGCAGUUUUGAAAAAGCAAAUGCUAAAUAUCAUUAUAAAAGAGUAG